GUUUUCGACCUGAAAGAUUAUGAACAGCUGGUUUUUACAAUUUUCUAUGGUUCUUCUAUGAUUUAUGUAUAAUUGUAAUAAUAUUGUAAUCCUAAUUAGUGGCAAAAGAAAAUGUGGGAAGGAUUUUAUAGCUAAUAAAAUUGGAGAUAAAUAUGGUAAGAUGUGCAAAAUUAUGCACUUAUCUGCCCCUCUUAAAUUUAGAUAUGCUAAAUUAAAGGGUAUUUGCUUUCACAAAUUAUUGGAUUCAUCUGAAUUUAAAGAAAAAUAUCGCAAGGAAAUGAUUUUUUAUGGGCAAUUAUUAAGAAUAAGUGAUCCACAUAUUUUUUGCAAAGAUGCAAUAGAAAAAAAUUAUGAGGUCAUGGAAAAUCUUCAUUUAAAUCAUUCAGAAAAAACAAUAUCAAAUACUUCUUUCCCAAUUUGGAUAAUUAGUGAUGUUCGAUAUAAAUCAGAUUUAAAAUUUUUUACAGAAAAAAUCCUACUUAGGAAGUCAAUUAAAGUAUUGAUUAAAGCAGGAUCCGCUUCCCGUUUGAAACGAGGGUGGAUAUUUACACCAGGUGUGGAUGACAAUCGGAGUGAGUGCGAUCUCGAUUCCAUAAAGGACUGGGAUGUAAAAGUGGACAAUGACGACGAUAAAUCAUUAAACGAGGGACUUGAUAGAUUAUUCAAUGUUAUCGACAAAAUGCUGAUUCAAAAUAUAUAAUGAUAAAAUUUAUUUAUUUGAAGAAAAAAAAUGUAUAUUAGAAUAUAAUUCUUUAGUCAUUUUUUUUAUAAAAUUCCGGGGCCAAUAAA